UGCUUUGAUUUGAAUGCGCGCGCUCACUGCUGUUUCCGCAACACGGCCCAGAAGUACAUCGACUGUUGUUCAUCUGUCAAGAUUUCUAUGAUCCAGUUUAAAGAAGUUCUAGAAGAAAAAGACAACGGUGAAGGUCAACUGCUCCAUCAGGCAGUGUCCAACAAUGAUGACAGACUCCUUGAUGAACUGCUCUCUCAAGAAAAGUACAGAAAGUUCAUCAACUGUAGGAGCGGCUGGGGUAUCCCAAGAACACCUUUACGAAUGGCUGCAUCUAAAGGUCAUCUCAGGUGUCUGCAGGUUCUGCUGGCCCAUGGAGCAGAGGUGGACUGUAUAGAUGUGAAGGCUCAGACCCCACUUUUCACAGCUGUCUGUGGGAAAUACUUCAACUGUGUUUUAGCCCUCCUCAGGGCAGGGGCUAACCCCAAUGGCAGCUUGUAUAACAACUGCUCUCCGGUCCUGACUGCAGCCAGGGAAGGGGAUGUUGAGAUUUUGAAGCAACUUCUUAAACAUGGUGCUGAGGUUAACUCCAGAUCUAAAGUCUUGCUGUUUACUUCAAGUGCCAGUGUUUCUAGUGGUCCCCUCUAUCUGUCUGCUGUGUAUGGACACUUAGACUGCUUUAAAGUAUUGCUUCUCUAUGGGGCUGAUCCAAAUUACAACUGCACCGAUGCAAAACUACUGAGUAAAAUCAAGCAGCCUAAGACCGUGCUUGAAAUGUGCCUCAGACAUGGCUGUGGGGUGGAGUACAUCCAACUUUUGAUUGACUUUGGUGCAAAUGUCUACCUCCCCACUCUCAUCAUAGAAAAGUCCACAAAGCAGAAUGAGGCAGUGGAGCUGCUGCUGCAAGAAAGAGGUUUUCCCAAGUCCCUUGUAUCACAGUGCCGACUUGCCAUCCGAGGAUACCUCAGGACGAUCAACAGAAUCCAGUCCAUUGACCAUUUGGAAAUGCCAUCAAGCAUGAUAAACUUCUUGCAAUACAAAUCAGUCCCAACAAUUGCUAUGCAUCUCUGAGAAAGCAUAUAUUGUCCCUAUGCUUUUGCUACAUGAAACAUAAUGCUUACUUUUUUCAAAACAUUUCAUAGUGAUGUUGAAAUGGUACACAUUUGUUGUCCUGCAUUUGAGAAUAUUUGUGUAAUGUUUAUUCUCAAUGUUUUCAAUCAAUUAUGCAAUCAUGUUUUCAUUUUCUUGUUUUAUCCCUCUUCCGUAAUAUAUGUGGGAUUUCUUUUGUAAUAGUGCAAUGUCAGCGUAAAAUAGAAUGUACAGUAGAAAUGACAACCAUUAAAAUGUCUUAAACUAAUUUUGCAUCAGAAAAUAUGUAUUUUAUUUUUAAACAUUAUGUGUGUACAGUAUGUAUGAUAAAGUAUUAUAUAAUUAUGUGCAAGGUGCUUUACACUUAUAUAUAAAUAUCUGUGUACAAACUGUUCGGAACACCUUCCUAAUAUUGAGUUGCACCCCCUUUUGCCCUCAGAACAGCCUCAAUUUGUUAGGGCAUGGACUAUACAAGGUGUCAAGCUUCCACAGGGAUGUUGACUCCAAUGCUUCCCACAGUUGGGUCAAGUUGACGGUGUCCUUUGGGUGGUGGACCAUUCUUGAUAUACACAGGAAACUGUUGUUUGACAACCCUAGCAGCGCUGCAGUUCUUCACACUCAAACCAGUGCUCCUGGCAUCUACUACCAUACUCUGUUCAAAGGCACUUACACCUUUUGUCUUGACCCUUCACACUCUGAAUGGCAGACAUACACAAUUGUAUACAUUUGGCAGACUCUUUUCUCCAGUGCGACUUACAGGAGCAAUUAGGGAUAAGUGCCUUGCUCAAGGGUACAUCGACAGAUUUUUCACCUAGUUAGCUUGGGGUUUCAAAACCGACUUUUCGGUUACUGGCCCAAUGUGCUUAACCACUAGGCUACCUGCAGCCCUUAGGAACAAUCCAUGUCUCAAUUGUCUCAGGCUAAAAAUCCUUUAACCAGUCUCCUCCCCUUCAUCUACACUGAUUUGAAGUGAAUUUAACAGGUGCCAUCGGUAAGGGAUCAUAGCUGUAAAGAUGGUGGAAGCGGAUGAUGAAGUGGAUUCUGAAUCUAAUGGCCUAGAAUCAAGGGGAAUUGGAAUAUUGUCCAAAAGAAAGGAAAAUGGAGCAAAGUAGAGUAUAGUGAGAAUGUCACUUCAUAUAUUGUAGUAGUACUGUUUGUAAAUGAGGAGCAGCUGAUCGAAUUACCAAGCUUGAAUCCAUUUAAGAUAUCCAAACUGGUGGAGAGAGUGGGUAGAGUUAAGGCUGUGAGGAUCAAGAGGCUGGUUUUGAUUUGUUUGUGUUUCUGAGGAUCAGAAGAAACGUGUGUUGCGUCUCACCCAAUUUGAUAAGUUUGAAGUGUUGUGUGUGUCUCUUAGGAACAGGGCACCCCUCAAGGGGAUUAUGUCCGGUGUCUUGUGGGAAGUAUAUUUUGAACAGAAAUAUUCCUGGUGUGAUUGAUGUACGUCGGAUGAAUUGUGUGGUGAAUAAAGAAAAAGUUAAACCUA